AUGUAUAUAAACGGAGUUCAUGAAGAGUUCCUUUCAUUUUUAGCGAUGAGUGACUCGGAUGAGGACGAUCUCGGCUUCGUUCCCGGCACUAUAAUAGAAUCUUCGAAGAACAAGUAUGUAGUCGUCAAGUUACUAGGAGCUGGAGGAUUUGGCGCAGUCUACAGGGUACAUGACCAUAAAGAUCCGACGAAAAUGUUUGCUAUGAAAGUUGAAAAGAAAAUCGAGACGAGGAGACACUCGAAAUUGAAAAUGGAGAUUGCCAUACUGAAACUCGUGUCCAACGAAAGGCAUCAAUCCCAUUUCACUGCAAUUAUUGAUAGAGGGAAGAAGGAAACGUUUUUCUUCCUCGUCAUGGAGCUGGUUGGAAAGAGUCUAGCCGAUUUGAAAAGUGCCAGACCUGAGAAAGUAUUUUCCGUAUCAACAGGGCUAGGGGCCUCAAUACAGUGCCUUGAAGCAUGUGAGGACCUCCAUAAAUACGGAUUCAUACAUAGAGACUUAAAACCCGCAAAUUAUGCCAUUGGAUUAGGGGAGAAGAAACGAAUAGUGUACAUCCUGGAUUUCGGUAUCGCUCGUCGUAUAUUGAACGACAAAAAUGAGUUGAAAACACCGAGGAUUUCUGUGCGGUUCAAGGGCACCAUCCCUUUUGCUUCCUUAGCAUGUCACAGAGGCAUAGAGAUGGGACCGAAAGAUGACUGCGAAUCAUGGUUCUACCUCAUGCUGGAUCUAACUGUUCCAGGAGGUCUUCUUUGGAAGAGAAUGGCAGACAAACACGAAGUUCAAAAAGUUAAGGAAGAGUGCAGAACAACGAGAAGGGAAACCAUGCUUGGACCUUUGAAAUGUAAGGAAGAGCUAUGGCGAGUACUUGAGUACAUCGACAAACUUCAUUAUCAUGACCAUGUGGACUAUUCUUACAUUUAUAAGUUACUUGAGGAGGGUGCCAUCGUUUCGGGAGGAAACAUAAAAGAUCCAUAUGAUUGGGAAGUCGAAGCCUUAGCGUAGACACAUUACUUUGAGGAUAACAAAAGAAAGUCUCAAUCCAAAUUAGCCGUUUGAUUAAUAAAUAGCUCCGUCCCUA